UGCAACUCCCACUAACAGCUCACUCCUGCCUCUCCUCCCAGCCUCUGCUUCCCUCUUUCAUUAUUGCUUUUCUCCUGUCCAGUGCACAUUGUGCAUGUCAGUACCACAUCCCUCUCGCAGAUGGAUGCUGCUGACUUUUCUACUCUGUUUGCAGGCUGAUCUACGAAGGAGCUAAACACUCUCAACAUCUCUUCACCCGGCUUGGUAUAUUUUACCUAUCGCAUUGGCAUUUUGCAGAGGUCGGACACCUUCCUCCUGUUGUGACUGAAGCCCUGGCACUUUGAAGAUGCUGGGCAAGGAUUACAUGCUUGCUAUCAUUAUCGUUAAUUAUGACGAUAACCUUUGGAGUGACCAGAAUCUUGAGGCUGAUCCUGACCUUCCACCAGGAUGGAGAACAAUCCGAGAUUCCUCUGGCACCUAUUACUGGCAUGUGCCGACAGGAACCACUCAGUGGCAGCACCCGAUGUACAAUUCAGGAAUAUCCCAUAGUAUGAGUGCUAUUCAGGAAAAGAAAGUUCUUAGGACUUCAGUCAGUGAUGUUUCUUCAGCUCGGCCCUUUCCUGGAACAGCAUCUACAUCUGGCAGAAGGCUUUCAGUUCCAUGGCAUGAGGAUGAUUUAUUUUACAGUAUUAAUGAUCCAAGCUGUAAGAGCUUUGCAGUUCAUUGCCUGGGCUGGGUGGAAAUACCCGAAGAAGAUCUAGCACCUGGGAAGAGCAGUAUUACUGUUAACAAUUGUAUUCAACAGCUGGCCCAUACUAAAUGUGAUGGUAGUGACAUGUCACCAAAUGAAGGGGAAAAUAUGGUGAUGAUUUUGAAAAAAGAUACAAUGAGCUUGGUGGAUCCAUUAGAUCACAGUCUGAUUCACUCUCAACCCGUCAUCAACAUUCGAGUGUGGGGUGUUGGCUGCAAUAAUGGAAGGGACAGAGACUUUGCUUUUGUAGCUAAUGACAAGGAUACCUGCAUGCUGAAGUGUCAUGUAUUCCGUUGUGAUGUCCCAGCUAAAGCCAUUGCCAGUGCCCUCCAUGAUAUGUGUUCCAAGAUCAUGGCUGAAAGAGCUGUGGCCAAUAACACUAUCACUCGUUCUGUUACCUUAGAGACGAUCUCACCUGAAGACUUACCAGUGCAAGUUGAUAUUCUGGAUACUGUGCGGGAGUCCAUUCAGAAAUAUGAACUGUUUUUCAUUGGCAGCCUUCCCGUCUCAAAGCCGAUGGGGAUGGAUGUACUGAAUGAUACCAUAGAAAACAUAAUCAGCACCACACUUAGGGAAAACUGGACAGCUGCUGUCAUUGAGGUGACUGACAGAACAGUGACUGUUCAACGGAGAGAGGUUCCCGAAGAAGAGUCUGUCUGGCAAUGCUCAGUUCGAUAUGUGACAUUUAUGGGUAUUGGGAAAGAUCCUCAUACAUUUGCAAUGAUCGUGGAUGUAGGCACACAGUGUUUCCAGUGCACAGUAUUUUGGUGUGAGCCAGAUGCUGGACAUGUCUCUGAGGCAGUACAGGCUGCAUGUAUGGUUCAAUAUCAAAAAUGUGUGGUAGCAUCAUCAUCAAGAAUGAAGUCCAAAGGUGGAAAUGGCAAAUCCCUUCUGAAAAUAAAGAGGACUGCAUCUGUGGACUCCCCAAUCUCUCCUUUCAACUCAUCAGGCCACUCUCUUCAGAAAAACGGGGGGACAAGUAAAAGAAGAGGAGUCAUGGCUUUCUUUGAAUCAUUUAAGCAGAAACAUGUCCGGCAUACCUCUUAGACUAGGACAGAGAUACAGGGAAGAUAUCUUUUUUAUUUAUUUUUGCCUGUUUUAUAGAUAUUUUAGAAAGUUUGUUCUUUCUGUAACAACCAACGGUUGUUUACUAUAAUGUAAUUCUGGGAUAAUUUCAGAUGCUGAAAUUCUGCUGUGCUAUAUCAGGAAGAUACCAUAACCAGGUUGAGUUAUUUGAC